AUGGCUAUGCUCAUCUUGUUUUUCUGCAUAAUUUAUAAACAAACAUAUGCAUCAUACACAUCCCGCCAAAUUACACAACAUGAAAAACUGAAGAUAAUUUUUAACAGCGUCGCAAAAAUCACACCCCAUGGCUUUGAAUUGUUGAAUCGAUUAUUAACUGAUAACAAAAAUGACAUCAAUACAAUCAUCAACAACAUCAUCAACUCAAACAACAUCAACAAUUCAAACAACAUCAACAAACCAAACCAGAUCAACAAUUCAAACAACAUCAACAAACCAAACCAGAUCAACAAUUCAAACAACAUCAACAUUACAAACAACAUCAACAUUACAAACAACAUCAACAAUUCAAACAACACCAACAAUUCAAACAACAUCAACAAUUCAAACAACAUCAACAAACCAAACCAGAUCAACAAUUCAAACAACAUCAACAUUACAAACAACAUCAACAUUACAAACAACAUCAACAAUUCAAACAGCAUCAACAAUUCAAACAACAUCAACAAUUCAAACAACAUCAACAAACCAAACCAGAUCAACAAACCAAGCAACAUCAACAAUUCAAACAACAAAUCUAACACCUCAAAACAAAAACGCAGAAUUCUUUAA